AUGGAGGACUUUCUGCUCUCCAGUGGGUACCAGCUGGGCAAGACCAUUGGGGAAGGGACCUACUCAAAAGUCAAAGAAGCAUUUUCCAAAAAACACCAAAGAAAAGUGGCAAUUAAAAUUAUAGACAAGAUGGGAGGGCCAGAAGAAUUUAUCCAGAGAUUCCUGCCUCGGGAGCUCCAGAUUGUUCGCACCCUGGACCACAAGAACAUCAUCCAGGUGUAUGAGAUGCUGGAGUCUGCCGACGGGAAAAUCUACCUGGUGAUGGAACUGGCUGAAGGAGGGGAUGUCUUUGACUGUGUGCUGAAUGGGGGGCCACUGCCCGAGAGCCGGGCCAAGGCCCUCUUCCGUCAGAUGGUCGAGGCCAUUCGCUACUGCCAUGGCUGUGGUGUGGCCCACCGGGACCUCAAAUGUGAGAACGCCUUGUUGCAGGGCUUCAACCUGAAGCUGACUGACUUUGGCUUCGCAAAGGUGUUGCCCAAGUCACGCCGAGAGCUGAGCCAGACCUUCUGCGGCAGCACAGCCUACGCCGCCCCCGAAGUGCUGCAGGGAAUCCCCCAUGACAGCAAGAAGGGGGACAUCUGGAGCAUGGGUGUGGUCCUGUACGUCAUGCUCUGUGCCAGCCUACCUUUUGACGACACAGACAUCCCCAAGAUGCUGUGGCAGCAGCAGAAGGGGGUGUCCUUCCCCACUCAUCUGGGCAUCUCGGCCGAAUGCCAGGACCUGCUCAAGCGGCUCCUGGAACCAGAUAUGAUCCUCCGGCCCUCAAUUGAAGAAGUUAGUUGGCAUCCGUGGCUAGCAAGCACUUGA